UUUCUAGCGUCGCGGUUGCGGGACAAAGUUUGUUUGACGGAAAUGGUACGGGAAGAGAAAUACAGAAAAUAUUAAUAACUUUCUUUAAAAUGGGUGGAUAUUGGUCGUCUAAAGGCAGUGAAAGUCCUGUUGUUGAAGUAGCUCCAUCUACACCUCAAAAACGUAAACAUGAACCAGAAGAAGUAGAUGCUGAAGAAUGUUGUGAAAGGAAUACCCCCAGAAAGAAAAUGAGAACCACUUCAGAAUAUAUUUAUAAAACUCUUUAUGUUAAUGGUGAAAAUAGUGAUAUCAAGAUAAAAGCUUUAGAUGUAACAUGGAAACUGCACAAGAUAUAUCUUUGCCAAUCAGCAUAUUUUCGAAGCAUGAUUAAAGGAGAAUGGGUAGAGAAGGAGCAAGAAGAAGUGUGUAUUCACAUACCGGAUGAUCUAAUCAACACCAAAGCUCUAGACAUUGCAUUUGGCAGUCUGUACAGUUACGAAGUCGAUGUUGAGCUGCUGACAAAGAAUUUAAUUCCUGUGUUAGCUGCAUCAAGAAUGUUCCAACUUGAUGGAUUACUACAACACUGUGAAGACACUAUGCUUGAAACGAUAUGUGCAGAGUAUGUUUGUCAGUAUUACGAUGCAUCAACACGAUAUGGAUUAAUACUCGUUAAGGAAAGAUGCUUCUCAUGGCUGGAAAGGAAUUUACUUUUAUGUCGAACAUCAGCACUAGCAAAAUACCUUUCAGAAGAAUUACUUGAACUUCUUCUGGUGUCGAAACACUUUGUGGUUAUGCAAGUAGAGAUGGACAUUUACAACUUCUUAAAAAUUUGGCUUUACCUUCAGUUGCACCCAACUUGUGAGCUUCCACUCAAAAAACUAGUUGGUGAAACACAGAAAUUUUUUCAUGAACAAAAGAACAAAAAUCACACUGAGUUUUUGUCGUGCCCGAUGGGUUCGAAAUUUGUGGAUGUUUUUAAAUGUUUACGUGUUCAAAAUAUGGUUGGCGAUAUAAAGUGUAUUAAAUUGUUAGAAAAGGAUUUUAUAAUUCCAAAGGACUGGCUAUUACCACUUUAUGAAUGGCAAUGGCAAAAAAUGUUAUCGGUUUAUUCUGGCGAAGAUAAUGGACCUGCAGACAUAAGUGAAGAAUUUUUCGAAGAGAAUUCUUGCAGAUGUGGGAGAAUUCUUGAAUCAGACACAAGAUACUGCUGGAGAUGGACAGGUUUUUCUUAUGGGAUAGAUAUGAUAGUAACAUACAACAACAGAACAAAAACGUUGUCAGUGAAGAGAAAUACGUUCAGUCAACCAUGUAAUUUCGCUGUUUGUUUACAAAGUACACGUUCUGUUGCGUUAAGGUUUAAAGCUUUCACUCUUGCUGAUUCAGGACAAGAGGCUCUGUGCAAAGAUACAGGAGUAAUGACAUGGACAUUUCAGACAGACGAGGAAAUUCCAGUUAUUGUUUUUGAUGACACAUGGAAUUUUCCUGUCUAUAUCAGUGCUAGGUUGUUACUUGCCACAAGACCUGAAUAAAAUAUGUUUUUAAACAAAUCUUCGAUUUUAAUAAUAUUUAUUUUAGUAUUCUAAUGUUGUGUUUUUCAAAGUUUCAACAUUUUUUGGGCUAGCAUCAUUUUAUAUUAUUCAGGCUUUGAAUAACGAUGAGAUUUUUAUGAGAAAUGUUAUUUAGUGCUAUGAAAUGCAAACAUUAUAUGAAUGUUUUGUUUCAACUAGCAUGGUAAGUGUUUAAAAGGUUUAUUUAUUUGUUAAUAUUGUAUAUUGAAUAUUUUCUUGGAUACCAAUAUCUGUCUAAUUAAUUUGUCGCUGUGAUGAUCCCUUUACUGGAAUUAUACCAUGGUAUUUUGUAGCA